AUGGGAGACAGAACAUUCGUAGUGAUAUUCUUCUUCUGGGCUGCCCUCACAAUCGUCACCCCGAUGCUGGUUCUCCUCUCAGAGUCUUACAAGCAAAGUUUGUUGCUCUCCAAUGGUGAUGCUGUGCGGAUUGCUGAGGUGGUGAAGCCAAGGAAAAUGAUGGGAUACGAUCACGAAGAGGCAGAGAAGAAAUGGAACAGUACAGCUUCCGAGAAUGUUUCAGCUGUACCAAGUGAAGCUCCGCUGCCUUCCUUUGAGGAAGCUGACGAUGGAGAUUAUCACCCGCCAAGAAGUGAAGAACUUGCUCCUGCUUCGGAAAGAUUGGCCGACGAGUGAAGUGAUGACGACGAGCCAUGAGAAGUAAGGGCAGAAGGAUAAGAAGAAGAAGAGGAAGAGGAAGAGGAAGAAAGAAAAAACAGAGCUUUCGCAGGAGAGACAGAGUUGAGUCAAAGGUACUUGCAAUUCUCUGGCCCUGUUUAAAACAUUUAAGUCUUUCGAUGGAAUCCAGAAUCCAUUGUCUAGACUCUAGAGAAGGAAAAAACACCCUAUUGGUAGUAGUAGGAACUGUUUUAGAUACACAUAUCAAGACGGAUGAAGAAACAACAAAGA